AUGUAAAAACUAAAUAAAUUUCCUCUGUGCUAUAAAGAUUCAACUGUUAACUAAGUUGAUUUAGAUGCUUAUCAAAAUUAUAAAUGGCUUACUUCUGAAGCAAUUAAUUUUUUCUUUGAGUAUAUCAUGAAUGAAUAAUACCAAGAUUUGCAAGGAAAAAUUUAUCUUAUGAAUCCAUCGUGCUAUCAAGUUAUUUUAUUUGAGGAUGAUUUUGAAGAUCUCAAAGAUUCUGUAAAAAGAAUUAAUUUACAAUAGUAUAAGUAUAUAAUCUCUCCAGUUAACGACAGCACUGAAUGCUGGUCAGUAGGAUCAGGAAACCACUGGGCUCUUCUCGUGUUCAUAGUUGAUGAGAAAUAGUUUAUUUAUUUUGAUAGCUCAAGUGGUUUUAUAAAAAAUGCUUCCAUUUUAGCUAGUAAACUAAUGGCAAUUAUCACAAAUAAUGAAUCUUAUAUGAAUAAAAAUUUAGAUAUUAAAGUGAAUGAAAACACCCCAAAACAAAGAAACUCAUAUGAUUGUGGUAUGUAUGCUAUUUCAAUAGCUGAGCUAAUAGUUUAAGUUAUUUAGUAAAAUUAAGGAUAAAACAUAUUAAAUAAUAAGAUAUACAAUGAUACUAUUACUCCUGAAUACAUAACUUAAAAAAGACAAAUAAUCAGAUCUAUUAUUUUAGCACUUUUAGAUUAAAAAUGA